AUGCUAGAGGUUCGCUGCUCAGGCAGCCCGUAUGAGAUCGGGCACACCCAAGGUACCGUGGCCAAAUCGAAAGUAAACGGCUCCAUCGCCUUCUACAGAGCACUGUUCCAGAAAUCAUGCUCACUCGACUGGGACGGCGUCUUAGAGGAGGCUUCUUAUUACGUCGAGCCGCUCGGGAAGACCUGCCCCCGCUAUCUAGAGGAGCUCCGCGGUCUGGCGGACGGAGCGGGGUUGGCCUUUCUGGACAUUCUGGCGCUGAACGUCCGGACUGAGAUCAACUUUGGGAUGUUCUCUGAUAAGACGAAGGAUGUUGAUGAGAUGCAGAGUGACGGUUGCACAAGUGUAGGAUGGUUGACGCCAAAGGGGCAGUCAUUUCUGUCUCAGAAUUGGGACUGGAUGGUUGAACAAGAGGCCAAUAUUAUCGUGUGCCAUAUUUCGCAGCCGGGCACGGGUAUACCGGAUAUUUCUAUUGUCACCGAAGCGGGAAUCAUUGGUAAAAUCGGGCUCAAUUCGGCAGGAGUGGGUUGCUGUUUAAAUGCGAUUCGAGCUCGUGGUGUCGAUCGGUCCAAGUUUCCCACCCAUUUCGCACUGCGAACUAUCUUGGAAUCCUCCUCGAUGGAAUCCGCUAUUGAAAAGAUCAAAUCACUCGGUGUAGCUGGGAGUGCGCACAUAUUGAUUGCUGAUAAGACUGGCUCAACGGGUGUUGAAUGCACCAGCAUCGGGAUGAAGAAGCUGCCCAUGGAUAACAGGGGGAGAAUCUGUCACACGAACCACCUCAUUCUGGAUCAUCCAGGUGUUGAAGAGUCUGCGUGGCUGAAAGAUUCGCUGGAGCGACUUUCUCGGGUUCAAGAACUCACAGACCUCAUGUCCGCAGAGACAUUGGAUAUGGUGGCAUUGUCCAAUAUAUAUGAGGAUGAGCAAGGCUAUCCGGCUUCGAUUAACCGUCGACAGGUGGAUGACUGUGAAAGUCAGACGGUAUUCAAUAUCAUCAUGGAUUUGACAAACCCGAAGGCUUGGGUCACUUUUGGCAGGCCUACGCAGGCUACGGACAAAGUCACUUUCGAGUUUUAG